GAGUUAACCCAAAAACCAAUGGAUAAGUCCUACUAUGCAUGCAAGGUAUAUAUUCCUAGUUCUGAUUCUGAAUAUAAAAGACAACAUUUGCAAAUGCAAUCAGUUGAGCCAGAAUAACUAGUAUUUCCCGUUAAAAAACAGACAAUCCAUCCUAUUUUGUUGUGACAGAAGAUAAAUUAUUAACCAAGCAUUAUCCAUGUCAGAGAAAACAAAGAAGCAAUUUCAUUUUAGAAUCCCAUGGAUAGCAGGUUCUUCCAUUGGAUUUCAGUCUCGUCGAAAACCAAGAUCAAAAUUUCCUUCACAAUUGGCCUAUUCCCCACCACAGCCUCCUCCUACCUCAAUUUCUGAACCUCAAACAACUCUAGAGAGAAACAUGAUGUUUGCCAUUGCCACAUCAAACCCUAGUGAAAAAAACAUCCAAUUAGUUGCAGAUCCAAUUACCAUGCAAAAUAGUACUAUGAAGGAUGAUGUAACAAAUCUUACUAAUAAAGUAGCCAAGGUGAGCACAUCAACAGCAACACAGCUUCCGACAGAUGACAAAACAGUCAGUGUGGUAACUCUGGCGGGCGACAACAGAGGAGCAACAAUGCAUGUGGCAGGUUCCCAUUCCCAAUCAACAAGGAAGAAGGGGUCAAUCCACAACAUACACCGAACCAAAGAGGAAGAAGAGAAAGAUGAAGCGGGAAAGGCAUAUGUGAACAGCAACAUACAGAGUAUGAAUAAUUCAUUGAUGGUGCAAGGUUCAAUAAAUGGAAGAGACCCCGGCGUUCAUGUCAUUCUUCCCGAAAAGCCUGAGCCUCAAGUUAAACAAGGUUUGGAAAACCGCGAAGCUGAAGUUAAAACAGUUAGCCGGGUAGAGAGGUUAACUUACCAACCAAUGGUUCGAAGACGAUGCCUGAGAGGACUUCUGUUGGAACCAAGUGAUUCUGAUCCUGACAAUCCUGAUAAACCUCGUCGUCAUGGCUGCAAAGUCAGCUGCGGAGAUGUUAGAAAGGAUAACGGGAUUCUGUAACAAAAUUAUAAACAUGAAAUACUGUAUAUUCUUAUAAUUCACUUGAGACAUCAUACCAGGAUUUUGAUUUUUCA